GAGUUCGAUUAUAUUCUCUUCGGGAAUAGCAAUAUGUAUUCGUAAGGAUAAAGAUGAUGAAACAAUCCUCAGCGACAUAGACGAAAAGUUUGAUGCUCAAUUAGUAGAGCAGCAAUCUGAAUUUCAGCUGGAAAAAGUCGUGGUGUUACUAAUGAUCGCUGCUGAAAGUGCCGAACGUUACGAACGAUUGAGCGCGUCAUUUCCUUAA